AAAGAGGCAGCGGAUACGUUGUCUCCGGUUCUCUCACCACUCCGCCAUUGAAAAUGUUCAAACGGUGUCUCCUCUACUAGUCGAUUGUAUUUCAUUUCGCCGCUUGAUUGGGUUGGGACGGAAACGGGACUACGUUAACGGAAGAGGGCUCGUAGUUUUGUAUCAAUUUUUAUGUCAGUACCGACAUCGGUCAGCUCCCCAUUAUUCGUAUGUUGCGCGUGCGCCACCGCGUUUAGUUGUGUUCGCAGCACGCCCAAGAAUAGCCGUCAGCGCGAUGGUUCCCGCCUGAAGCAUUUAGGAUCGCUGUGCCCGUACGCGUAAUUGCCCAUUUGGUCAUAAACGGCCUGCAACUUGUGUAACUGUCGGUCCUUUGAUACGGGCCUGUCGCGACUGACACAUUAUCUUAUUUACGAAUUGUAAACGUUCGGCGCUCAGUAUUCAGUUCGUGCGUUUACCAUAAACUCGUGCGUGUAAUUUUAUGUUUGAUUUUAUUUUAUUCGACGCGCCGCGUUAUCUGCCUUGCUUGUUGUUGAUAAUGCCUGAUAAAAAGAGGUGAAUAGAUAACUGGAAAUCGGCAACACACAUUGGAAAAAGUGCAAUAAAGAGUGUGUGUGAGACUUAGUAAUAUUUGUUGUUGUUUUUUAUAUUUUUGUGGUUCAAAAGUUCAAGUUUUAAUUGCGGUUUAGUGAUAUAACGUGAUGUACGUAUGACUGAUGCGUCUGCGCCGGUGCAAGUGUUUCGUUGGACCUAUUUUCGUACCACGGAAAUAAGAGCGGCAAAAGGAGCAAAAAGCUCGAACGCCUGAAAAACUUGAGGACGCAGUGCCGCGUAUAUUUCUGUCUGUUGUGAACCAAUGUCCACAACAGCUGCCUGUGACACUGGUGCACCAACGUGAGAUCAACGGAACAAUGAAGAAGAGGACCCUAUCAAAACUUAAAUCACUAUUUAGUUCCAAGAAAGAUAAACGACAACACCAACAGCAGCAAUCUUCGAAGUCUUCGCGAUCGCCGUCGCCCGAACCGGCGGGGGAGGCGUCGCCGGCCAACAAUGACUCGUUUCGGCCGCUCAUGCGGACCCCCCCGCCGAGCCGUGCCGGACCGCCCCCCUCCCCGCCGGUGCCCACCCAUCCCAUCGCCCCAGUACCCCCCGAUCCUGCAGGACCUCUCCCUCUCAGCCCGUGCCCAGUCUGCGGCAGAACCUUCGUCCCACAAUCCCUCGCCAAACACGUCAAAAUAUGCGAAAAGAUGACCGUCAAGAAAAGAAAGACCUUCGACUCCUCCAGACAAAGACGCGAAGGGCUGUCUUCGGAGAAUGGUGUUAAAUCUGGUACAGAUUUAGAACAGUAUUUGCCAAAGAACUUUGGACUUCCAGAAAACAGUCCAUUUUUGGAGAAGAGCCCUCCCAACACGGCCAAAGCUGUUCCCAAGCCCAAAACUCAGUCAGUUCGAAGCACCAUCACAAAACCAAUGGCCGAGCUGCAGAAGUGCCCGCACUGCAGCCGAGCGUUCGGCGUGCGUGCGUUCGAGCGCCACGUGGAGUGGUGCGCGGACAAGGCCAAGAUCUUACCCGCGGCGCCCGCGCAGCCGCCGCCGCACAUCGCCGACGCCAAGCAGCGGCUUAACGCUCGCACGCAGUAUAAGGCGCCGCUGGUGCGAGGCAGAAGGUCGUCUCAAACCCGUGACAAGUCGUCCAACAGUCGGUCGGGGUCGGUCGACUCAUCGCGAGGCCGAUCACCGCCGCCGCCGCGCGAAUACGGCGACUAUAACAAGCAUGGUCGGACUAGAGCUUCAGAAUCUGUCUCUAGCAACGACUGCCACGACGAUUCACCACACGUGCCAGUGAUCAGGAACUCUCGAAACUCACAGAACAACUCUUCAGGAGACGCCAAUGUCAAGGCGAGGCAGGCCAGGCUAGCUCGAGACCUAAGCAGCUCCAGGCUCGACGACAACUAUGACCCAUUUGUAUCAGCCGCGAGACAAAUGAAAGAAUUAAUGUCCUCAGACACCAACAUUCCCAAAAAGCUCCAAAAUUCCUCCAAAGAUCCCAACCGCACACUCCCUAUCCUACGCACCGGUAAAGAGAAAACUCUCCCCGCUUACCUUCGUGCCGAUAACACUAAGAUGAUGAAAGACACUCUCAACAAAACAUAUCAGAAAACUCCCACUCUACAAAGAAUGAAAUCAUUCGGCAGCACGAACAAUGACAAUAACAGUAGUAGCACCUUCGGUAGUAGGUGCAGUUCGUUUAGGGUUAGGAACGAGAAAAAUAAAUCUAGUCAAAAACUCAAUACAACAUUCACUAAAUCCAGUAAAGAAAAUAUAAGUACGCCGGAAAAAUCUUACUUCAGUCGGAAUAGUAAUUUGAAUAGAUCGUUCUCAAGUUACACGGCAUCUAAUUAUAGCACACCAAAGCCAAAAGAUAAAAUUCCAAAAAUAGCUACUUCUAUGUAUCACAGCUUCCAAAGAACGACAAUAAAACAGCCUGUUAAAUUAGACAAAAUUAAAAGGGAGGACGACAAAAAAGAAUUCGUCAACCUUGACUCCAUUCUAGCUGAUGAUAACUCGUCAAUGACCGAUAGUAAUUACAUUGAUCCUAGACUCAUUAACGAAAAUGACAAUUUGCCCAUCAACGUUAACACAAUUUUAAACAAUCCCGAUAUCAUCAGCAGUAUGGAGUCAUUACUCACUACAGAAAACUUACCUGCUAAAUUCGAAUCUUUCAGUACCACUCAUAAUAAUUUCAAUAACAAAUUAAAUAAUAAUGUAGAAAAGACGAAAAAUAAUAUUAAGAAAAUAGAAAAUAACAAUAACAUUAGUAAUAGCAUAAAUAACAAAAACACUGCCCCAAUCAUAGAUGAUUUAAGCGCACAAUACGAUAAGAUUAUGUCUUCUUUAGAGCAAAGUAUAGCCUCCAAGGGCUCUAUCAGAGACGACGAGUCACUGUGCGAGGACUUUGAUAUCGAAGAGUUCAUGACAUCGUUUGAUGAGGAAAUUAACAAACAAAAGAUAGAGAACAAAAGAACUUGUAGUUCAACAACUAGAAUUGUUAAACAAUCUGAGCUUUCUGAUAGUAAUAGGAAUUUGGAGUUGAACAGCAUCAGUUCUUCUCCAAAAGUAGGUAGUAAUGGUAUGAUCCCAGUUAAUAAAUCCAUGUCUCUCAAUUUUAGCAGUAACAAUGUUGUGAACGAGAGUCUAUUCCCAUCCUCCGUGAAACGUUCCACUUCCCUCCUUGAUUCCAUUCAAAAGAAGAGUGUACAGAAAGGCGAUAGUGCGAAAAGCCGACACAAAGCUGAUCAGUUGGAGCAAGAUAUAAUGCAAUCUCUGAAGGACUUCGACAAAUUUUACGAGCCUGAUAGGAACGAAAACAUUCAGUCCAAAGAGAUGUCAGCUUAUAAUGUAUCUCACAAUGGUACGGCGAGGCGGAACAGUCGUGUCAAAUCUGAAAAGACGAACAAGAAGAAAGAGGUUGUGACGAACGGGAAUUACACACCUAACGGGAAGUCCAGCAACGAUUCAGCAUAUAGCAGGUUAGUCAGCUUGAACAGAAUAUCGCCUUCGAAACUUUCCAUCUGCAAUUCAAAAGAACCGAACGGUCUCACAUCUUUGGAGCAAAUCCCGGCGGGCUCGGAUUCCAGUGGGAAGGAGGAAAUCAGGUCGAUGUCCAGCGACGAGUUUUUGGCCAUGGAAAGAUCUGCAGAAUUGGAUGAACCGUUGCCACAGCCAGACAUUACGUUUAAGGAGUUGGAGAAUCAUCCAAUAAAUGACAAGCGCGCGAGUUCCCGCGCGUCCUCCCGUCGCAGCCCGACCUGGCGCGAGCGCAGCGGGCAGUCGUCGAGCGGAUCGGACGCGUCACUGCACCGCGCGCGCCGCGACUCGGCGCCGCGGCUGUCGCGCUUCUGCCACGAGUGCGGCAGCAAGUUUCCCGUCGACUCCGCCAAGUUCUGCAUCGAGUGCGGCGUCAAACGGCUCCUAGUCUGAACGGGGGUUUACACGGAUCGAUUGCUUUUGAGGUAAUAGAGGUUUUGGUACAGGACUGAAGCUCCGAGUUAGAUACGUUUUUUUUUUCCAAAAGAAAACAACUCGGAUUUUGAUGUCAUAUCGUCUGUCAUAUUUGUAAUAAAAAACGGCUAAUGAAAUAUAUUUUGGUAGUACGUAAAAUGAUGUAAACAAAUUACAAUUAAACUUAACCAAACAUGACGUCGAAUGUCGACCCGUGUAAAUCCCGUUGCCCGACCAACGCAGCAUGUGAGAGCAUUUAUCUAGUCUUAUAAUUUUGUUGAUUUAUUGUUUGUAUGGCUUUAAGUGCACCAGAGAUCUGUCGCGGCCGAAGUAGAUUUAUGUAGGAAUGAACGAAACGAAACUGAUUCGUUGGUAUUCUUAGUGUUGUGCUUAUUUUUGCAAGAUUGUAAGCAGACGUGAUGCCGUGAUAUGGCAACAAAUAUAAUUUUCAAGCUUGCAUUUUCUUGAAACAAAAUGUCAGAGAAUUCUUUUGAAUAUUUUAUUUGAUAAUGUGUCGCAGAAAGAGAAGAGAGCAAAUGUCUAUUUGAUAAAAUACAAAUUAAUUAUGCAUUUGUUUUAAAUAGACCAGUGACGCAAAACAAAUUAAUGUUAUUUUUAUCCUGCAUGAAUGUCUUUUCAAGGCAUUGUGUUUUAAACAAUGAACUAAUUAUGUAAUUUACAUAGUACGAAUAUUUUAUGUAACGUAAUUUUAGCGCAUGAGUAAAGAACCAAGCAAAGCCAAAGCUUCCAAAAAAAGGGCAAAUUAAAAUAAUAAAACAUAGUGCAUGCAGAUUUACGACGUACGUAUCAACGUGGCGUUUCGACGCAAGAGUGCAAGUAUUUGCAUAAUGUGCAAUGUAGCUUUGUCUCUGGUUGGGGUAUGUUACUCGUGUGUGUGAAGUUAGUCGAUUGUGACAUGGUUCUAUUUAAUGUAGGUAAGCCUCUAAUACUACUUACAUUUUACCAAUAAGGUAAUAAAACUAUGCAUUUGUAUGAGGUUGAAAUGAAAUAAACCAAAAUAUUUCUUCACGCUUGGUUUUAAAAUAUUAACGAACCUCGUAAAACGCACACGUAGGUAUUUUUGCACAAACUGACAAUAUUGGCUCAUUGCUUUUAAUUACUUGUAAUGGGUAAGUCGAAUCCGAGGACUAUUCUCAUAUAGAUUUUAAUAUAAUGCCUUGCUGUAAAAAUAUUAAUAUAUUAUGAAAUCUUAUUUUACAAAAUGUUACCAAAUUCCUUUUUAAAAACACUUGAUUGUGCCUUCUAACUGUAGAUAGAAUAAUUACUUCUGUUGUAUCACAUUGGUCCACUUGCGAGUUUGUUUAUCGCAAAGAAACGGCUUCAAACACACCCGUCUGUGAUAUUACAUUAGCAGAUCGAAAACUGAACACAAAAUAAAAAAAAUUGCAUAAAUUCUGGAAUAAUGAGUGCCAAUUCUGUUUACGAAUUGAGUUUUGAAAGGGGUUUUAUGUAAACUUUUAUUUUCUCUUUCCUAUGGUAGCAAACUACAGUUUUAUUUUUUAGAAUUAUUACCUUCCAAGAUUUCCAUUAGUCUCUUGUCUACAAUGUAGUUGGCCAUUUUAACAAGACUGAUUUAUUUUCAAGUUUUCGAACUAUGAAUAAACCUUAGUUACUGUUGUAUAUU